CCUUCGCAGAGUCGCCUGAUAAACAGUGGCCGCCUGUCCCACCUCCGGGCGCCCGGCGCCCUCCGAGACCCCUCAGUUACCUGGGCUGCGACCGGCCGGCGGGGAUUGGCCGAGAGGAGGCACCCUGCACGGGACUGCGACAGGCUCCAACUCUGCUGGGUUGGGGUCGCUCCCUCCUGGGUCCUCCCCUGCCGGGGACCCAGGAAGGCCAGGACAGAGCCCACCCGGAGUCUCUGCGGCGUCUGUGGCGGUGGAGGAGUGGGGUGGGGGGCGGCCGCAGCCCCUCCUGCCUGCCUGGGGAGGCGGAGGCUGAGCAGGGACCCCGCAGGGAGGGGCAGCCCCCCUUGUCCCGAGUGAAGACCGCAGACAAACUGGAAACCCAACACCCCCAGAGGAGUAGGACCAGCCCCUGGGGAGGUCCUGCAGUGGGGCUCCCUGGCAGCCUUGAACUUUUUCCCUUUUCCACCGGAGAGGAGCUGCUGCGGGCCAGGCCCUCCCCAAGGUCACUCCACCAGCCCUCCCUCCGGGUCCCGUCCUUACCCCCACAGGCCUAGGCCUCUGCUUUGUGUCUUGUACAGAGCCGGCUCCACAGCCCCCUUGGGAUCAGCUGGGGUGUCGCGGGCCUCUCUGGUUCCUGGCCAGGUGGUUUGGUGUGAAACCCCGGGAGGCCCCUGGGGCUCUCCUGGGGAGGGGGCGCAGGUUUCCUCGCCCCUUGCAGGGUAGGAUGGCCUGGACUGACCUUGCUGUUCCCUCACAGAUGUACCCUGCUCGGGCCGCCCCACACCACAUCUAGCCCACCUGCCGCACUGCCCGCCAUGUCGCAGAUGCUGCACAUUGAGAUCCCCAACUUCGGGAACACCGUGCUGGGCUGCCUGAACGAGCAGCGGCUGCUGGGCCUCUACUGCGAUGUGUCCAUCGUUGUCAAGGGCCAGGCCUUCAAGGCGCACCGGGCCGUGCUGGCCGCCAGCAGCCUGUACUUCCGUGACCUGUUCAGCGGCAACAGCAAGAGCGCGUUCGAGCUGCCGGGCACGGUGCCGCCCGCCUGCUUCCAGCAGAUCCUGUCCUUCUGCUACACGGGCAAGCUCACCAUGGCGGCCAGCGAGCAGCUCGUGGUCAUGUACACUGCUGGCUUCCUGCAGAUCCAGCACAUCGUGGAGCGCGGCACUGACCUCAUGUUCAAGGUGAGCUCGCCCCACUGCGACUCGCAGACGGCCGUGAUGGAGGACGCCAGCUCCGAGCCCCAGAGCCCCUGCAACCCGCUGCAGCCGGCCGCCGCCUCGGCCACCGCCACGCCCUACGUGGUGUCGCCCUCCGUGCCUAUCCCGCUGCUGAGCCGCGUGAAGCACGAAGCCAUGGAGCUGCCACCGGCUGCCGGCCCGGGCCUGGCCCCCAAGCGCCUGCUGGAGACAGGGCCACGGGACAGCGUGGCGGUGGCUGCCGGGGCCGCAGUGGCUACCGGUGCGGCCCCGCUCAAGCUGCCCCGAGUCUCCUACUACGGGGUGCCCAGCCUGGCCACCCUGAUCCCCGGCAUCCAGCAGGUGCCCUACCCUCAGGGGGAGCGGACCAGUCCGGGGGCCAGCAGCCUGCCCGCCACCGACAGCCCCACGUCCUACCACAACGAGGAGGAUGAGGAGGACGACGAGGCCUACGACACCAUGGUGGAGGAGCAGUACGGCCAGAUGUACAUCAAGGCCACGGGCAGCUACGCAGUGCAAGAGAAGCCAGAGCCCAUGCCACUGGAGAGCCGCUCCUGCGUCCUCAUCCGCCGUGACCUCGUGGCACUGCCCGCCAGCCUCAUCAGCCAGAUCGGCUACCGUUGCCACCCCAAGCUCUACUCUGAGGGGGACCCCGGCGAGAAGCUGGAGCUGGUGGCGGUCCAGGUCGCAGAUAGAGUGACAGGUGUCCCGGCCUCCCGCCCUGGUACCAGCGGCCGAAGUUCUUGUCUUUUCAGGGCUGGGCUUCAGACGACUUUGAAACUCAUGUGGGCAGGGGCAGGUCUCCACGGAUUCAGUGAUCCAGCAUGGCCGCGAUGUCACCUCUGCCUGGGCCUGGGGUCCCCUCUGCACACAGCCAGGGGAGGCUCCGGGGUCUACAUCACACGUGGCCAGCUCAUGAACUGCCACCUCUGUGCAGGGGUGAAGCACAAGGUCUUGCUGCGGAGGCUCCUGGCCACCUUCUUCGACAGGAACACGCUGGCCAACAGCUGCGGCACCGGCAUCCGCUCGUCCACCAGCGACCCAAGCCGCAAGCCACUGGACAGCCGGGUCCUAAACGCUGUGAAACGUGAGUGGCCUGGAUCCUGGGUUCAGGGGUCUCGGAAACCCCUGGGAGUUCAGUUUCAGGCUGGAGGAAGAUAGGGUGGGGGGUCCCCAGGGCGGCCCCAGGAAAACAGUGGAAAAGAGCAGCGCCCAGCCGGGCUCAGGAUGCUAACGUCCUUGGUAGGUUUCCAAGUGUGAUGAAUUCAGCUGGGAAACUAUUUUAAUAUGUGAAAUAGAUCUAAUUUUCCUUUUUGAACAAAACCCCUUAUUUACAUGUUGAGGUUAUUUUGAGCCUCUGCCAUCUGCUGGGCCGGCUCCUGCCUCCCGCUCUGGGUGGUGGCGGGUCCCGGUCCCUCUCCAUGGACACUGCCUGUCCUUAGCCCCAUGGCCCCGUGCAGGAAGAAGCUGCCACUCCCCACCCUCCCGGCCCGGGAGAGACUCCCCAUAACACUGUCUUCUU